AUGAAAGAGAAAAAAGGAAUUAAAUUAUUCCCUCCAUCCUUCUCUCACGCUCCGAGCUUUCUCUUCCGAGAGAGUAUUCUCUAUGACGUGAGUUCUAAUGUGGGAUUUAAUGGAAUUGAAGGAAGAAUAGAGGCUUCGGGAGAUUUUGCCAAUCAACAACACACCGAUCUAAUUGUUUCAUCGAAAAAUCGAAAACAAAUUAUUAUCUACACUUGGGAUACAUACCAAUGGAAUUUCGUCAAUUAUACGAGUUUCGAUUAUGAAACAUCAUCCAAAUUAUUGGCUCAUGUCAAUGUGGAAAUUGUGAAUAUUGUGGCUUCGGAUUUUAACUUUGACGGAGCACUGGAUUUACUAGUCACACUCAUUGAUAAGGAUACUUUUGAUGAUGACAAUCCUUCAUAUAUUCAUUCUAUAUUGGUUGGGAAUUUCAAGACUUUGCGUGAAGAGAAGCUGUUAGAUGAAAGGACAACAGACCAACUCUUGGUAUUUGACCUUAAUGGUGACUUGUUGCCAGAUUUAUUUGGUACUGAUGUUACCACGAAAAAACGAUCGUAUUGGAUAAAUAACAAUACCAAUUAUGAGGCAGGACAAUUGAACUUUAUCAAAUAUCUUCAAGAUGGUCACGAUGGAUUCCCAACGAUAGACUCGGCCACAAAAAAACGUUCUUCCUUCGCUACAAGCCAAUCCAACUUAAAACCUCUCGCAUUUCCAAUCUCAACUGCAUCGAUCGAUAUAGAUGGUGACUGUGGUUCUGACCUAUUCGUGAUGAGCUGUUCAAAAGAAGACGCUCAUGGAUUUUGUGAGGAACCUAUUUUCGAAUUUUGGAUCAAUUACAAUGGGAAGCUGCAAUUGAACUCGACCUUGAAUGCACCCAAGGGAGCUGGGCGACCAGUUUUUCUCGACAUUGAUCAUGACGGCGAUUUGGACAUGCUCUAUCCUGUGUGCUAUCCUCUUGACUCAUGCUCUGAGACGAAUGAAAUUCAUAUUCUCUACAAUAAUCAACUUGCAUUGUGCAAGAGCAUUAUUGAAACAAAUUGCCGCCCGUCGUCCAAUUUAUGUAUGAAAAGCAAUUUUGAUUUCAACCAAAAAGCAGUUCUCUCUUUUCCAAAAGACAACAAGAGGAGAAUUCUUCAUCACUACAAGCCAGACCACAGAUACCAAUCAUCACCGCCAUCAUUACGAGUUGGGGAUUUUAAUUUGGAUGGAUACCCAGAUUUGGUGGUGAGUGUUGUGGAAACAAUUGGGAAUGAUGAAAAUGACAAGGAUUCUUAUCAAAUGGUCGGCAUUGAGUUGUGGCAAAAUGUGGAAUGUGAAAAAGAAACAAACAAUGGUGCCCUUUCACCUUCCCCAAAGACAAAUUGGUACUCAACAUCAUGGAUCUCUUCUCUUUCACAAUCAGCCAAUAAUGAUCAAUCUGAAGUCUCAUCAACAUCUCUUAAAUGUGACUCCAAUGUGACGCCCAGGACCUAUCAGAUUGUUUCUAAAGGUGUGGACGCUCUGAGGAACUCAUUUUUCAAGCUUCCCUACGCUACAGGAAUGAAUGAAAUGCCAUUCUAUGAUGCAUUCUUUCUCGAUAUUGAUGAAACUGGAAUCUUAGAUAUUAUCACCCUCUAUAACGAUCCAAAAUCGGGCAAUCAAACAUUGAGAGCCUUCUUUAAUUGCUUCUAUAAUGACGCCUACUUUUUGAAAGUAAUUUCCACGAAUGGAGUUGCACCUGAAGGAACACAAUAUUAUUAUGGAGUGAAUGCUCCAAGCAUGACAGUGAAAUUUAUCUCAACCAAGUUGAAUGGAGAGUAUCAACCAAACAUGAAUUCAUUGCUUUCGCAAACCAGUUAUUUAUCAUUACAAACACCCUAUCAUCUUUUUGGAAUUGGAAGAACGAAUGGUUAUAUUGAGAAAUUUUUUGUUGGUCGUGUAGUUGCCAAUAGCAGUAUUCACGAGGACUUUUCCACAAAUUAUUAUGAAGCGAGUGCUAUAAUGCCAAAUUCUCAACUUGUCACCAUUACGACACCGCCCAAUGAUCCCGGUUCAUGGCAAGUUCAAUUAUUUGUCAAUCCAUCAGCUGCCGCCCUUUGGGUCAUCAUUGCCGAGGUCGUUUCCUUAAUACUUUUAUUUAUUCCAAUUGCCAUUUUGUAUAUUAGAGAAUAUAGACAUGACAAGAAGGAAAAAGAAGAAUCAAGUCGGGAGAUUAGUUCCGUAUUUAUUUGA